AUGAAGGUCACCCUCUGCGUCCUCCUGUACGCGACCAUCGCUGUCGGCUUCCCGAUCAAGUUCCUGCUCACCGGCGAGACACCAACCAUCAUCUCCGAUCGCAGUGAGAUCUUGCGCACACAACGGCCUCUGGCGGUGCAGGUGUCACAUACCCAAACCCCGCGCCCGACGUUCCAGGAGUACAUUGCUCGUCUACGGUCCGGAGCGGGAGCGGAUGCUCGAAUCUCAAAUGAUGGCAAAACAGCCGAUGCCAAGACCGCGCCUUCACAUUCCGAUUCGCACUACAGCAUCUAUGGCUCGUGGGUGGGGAAAUCCAGUUUAAAGGAGAAGUCGGGCGAUGCGGACGAGGAGGUUACUGGUCACGCUCGUAUUCUCACAUACCUCAAGCCUGCGGAAGUGCUCGAUGUCAUCGAUAAGCAUGGACCCGAGUCCGUCGCGCUGGGACUCUUUGUUCUAGUUCCCGUUGCUUAUUUUGUUCUGGAGCUGCUUGAGCUUGCCAUCAGGUCUUGUACCCAGGAACGAUUUCCACAUCGAGGACGUGAUCGCGUGCGUCUAUUAGGGCUGGAAAGACAGCUGCGGACAAGAGUAAGCAGCAUCGCGAGAUGCUGGUCGAGAAUGAGAAGCAUUGGUGGCAGGCGAGGCGGGCUAGGUAUUGAGCUUGAGCUGUGA